AUGCUUCAAGAUUAUAGCAACAGUAAAAUUGAAAAUUAUUACUUGAUGAAUCGAGAAAAAUUACUUAAUGGAUCUAAUCAAACAAGGGCAAAGAUAUUCCAAAAAAAACAAGCAGAAAUCAUAGAAAUUGAAUUACAAAAGAUAUUGGAUGCUUGUAAAGGAGAUAAACAUGUCUCUGAAUGGUAUCAUCCUCCAAAAUACUCUUAUCAAAGUUUAACACCAAAUCCUGAUGAUGACUAUUUAUUAUCAAUUUUUGGUGACCCGAAAAAUUCUAUCAUAACUAUACACCUAUCAUUCCUUGUAUCAUUGAAGUCACUAAAUCAAAAAGGGUGGCACAAUUAA